AUGUGCAUGUUGUGGAGGCUGCUGCUGUAUGUGUCUGUGUGUAUGCUCACAAGAGCUCGAGACACCGGGACGGCUCAUGAAUUCCUGACGACGACGGCGACGCUGAAUGCGGCAGAAGGAGAAAAGAAAACGGAGACGCACUCGUGGAUAAAUUGGAGAAAUUGA